AUGUAAAACAAUAUAUCAGUCCAAAACUCAGCACAUAAAAACUAACUAUGUGAAAAAACAGGAAAAGAAUAAAGAUAUCCAUAUAUAAUUUCUGAUAAUUAAAAAAAAUAUUAAGGAGAAGUAUUAAACGGUAAAAAAGAUGGAUAUGGCAUAGAAGAAGAUAAUUAAAAAAAAACUGUUUAUGAAGGUGAAUUUAAAGAAGAUAUGUAUCAUGGAUAAGGAAUUUUAUACUAAGAGAAUAAUUGUUGCUUUUUUAAAGGUAUGUUCGAAAAUAACGAGAAAAAAGCUGGAAUUGAAAUAUUACCUAAUGGAGAUUAAUAUGAAGGUGAAUAUUAAAAUAAAAAAUAUCAUGGGAAAGGUUUUUUACAUAAUUCUUCUAUGUCUUAUAGAUAUGAAGGGGAUUUUUAAAAUGGAUAAAGACAUGGUUUUGGAAAAGAAUUUUAUAAAAAUUAAUCUUAUUAUGUAGGAGAAUUUCUAAAUAAUUAAAAACAUGGAAAAGGACGUUUAUAAUAUAAAGAUGGCUCUUAUUAUUAGGGUGAUUUUGUUAACGGUAUGUAAUGUGGUUUUGGUAUUCAUGUAACAAAUAAUCGUGAAUAGUUAAAAAUUUUAAAAUUUUAAGAAUAUUCUGAAUAUUAUAAUUAAAAUUUAAUAUUAGAAAAAGAAGAUGUAGAAGAAGAGGAUAAACCUGAGUAUUUUUACGAAGGAGAAUUCGUUUAAGGCUUUAAACACGGAAUAGGUAGAUUUUAUGAUGAUACUUGUUCUUAUUUUUAUUGCAAAUGGCGAUUUAAUAAAAAAGUUGGGAAAAUUUUAUAUUAUAAUAGUACAGAACAUUCUUAUUCUUUAUUUUUUUAUAAGGAUGAUUUAUAAGAUAUUGAUCAUUUUAUAUCUCCUUUUGACAAUCCUAAAUAACUCGAGAAUAUUGUUUUUGAAAUCAAAUAAAUGCCCGGUUUUCCUCCUUAUUAUAUAGAUGCUUAUAAAUCAUUAAUUGAUGAAUGUGGGAUAAAAGGAAAAAGACUAGAAGAUAUUGAUUUUGCCUAAAAUUAGGAAUAUUUAUAUGAAAAUUAAAUUUUAGUGAGGAUUUCGCAACAUCCUAAAUUGAAAGAAAUGAAUGAUCUCUUUAUUAGUGAAAAAAUAGAAAUAGGAUAGAUAAUUUUCAAUAAUUUAAGUGAUUAUUAGUUGGUGGGAAUACUAGAUUGCCUGUGUUUAUACCCACAUUUAUAUUUUAAAGUUUUCCAUAGUAAAUUUGAUUUGGAGAAUAUAGGUUUUUUUUCAAUCAAAAUGUAUAUAGAAGGUGAAUGGAAGGAAAUUAUUUUAGAUGAAUUUUUACCCUGUUUAAAUAAUGAAGACAAAAGCCUUGUUUUUUCAAGCUCUGAGUAAUUUGAUAUUGGAUGGAUGCUUUUAUAAAAGGCUUUUGCAAAAAUUUUCGGGUCUUAUAAAUAUUUUAAAGAAAUGAAUAAAAAAUUUGUUUAAAGUGAAGAAGGGAAUUUUGUUAUUUUAAAAUGUUUAUAGGAAUAAUAUGUAGGAAUUUCAAAUUCGUAUAAGGAUCUUUUUGUGAAAGAAGUUGAAGAUGCAUUAAAAAAGUAUUAAGGAGUAUAAUUUGUAUUUGUAGUUUCUUUAGAACAGUUUGUAGUGUUAUUUGGAGAUAUAUAUAUUUUGGUGGGGAUAAAUACGAAUUUAUAGAAUUCUAUUGAUAUAUAUGAUGAAAUUCCGGAUAUUUAAAAUAAUGAUUAUAAAUAUUAUAUUUAGUUUGCUAUAAAUCUACCUACUAGGGUUUUUUUAAAUGUUGAGUAGAAUAUUUUAAAGGAGUAAAAUAAUGAUUUUGUUUCUUAAAUUUACCCAUGUAGAAUUGUUUUGGGAUAAUUAAAGGAAAAUAUGGCAAAAAAUAAAAGGGACUUUUUAGCUAGGAAAUUCGUGGAUAAAACAAAGGACGAAAUAUUAGUUAAUUGUCAUACAAAAUAAUAAGGUAGUAAAAUUUAAAGUAAUAAUUAAUAGUAAAAAGAACAAUAAAGUGAUAAAAAGAAAAAGAAAUUAGUUUAAUAUAAAUAUAUCUUUGGAAAAGGAUAAAUAAAAAAUAAAAAUACAUUCAAAACAAUAAAACUAGAUGCAGGUGAAUAUAGAUUAUUAAUAUAAUUAGAAGGACCUGAUUCUAGAGAUUUAAAAGGUAAAAAAUUACUAUUGAAAAUGAACGUGAAUAUAUUUAGUGAUAGUUUAAUUUAAUUAACUAGAAUAUAAGAACCGGAUAACUUUUAAUACUAAAUAUAUUAUGACUGUAUAUUAUAAGCCGAAAAUGAUAGUAAAUAAAAAGAUUCGAAUCAAUGUCCUUUCUAAAAAACGGAUUUAAGUGAAAGAGAUAAUGGAGAUUAAGAAAUUACUAUUUCGUAGUUUUAUUUAAAAAAAGAAGGAACUUAUUUAUAACUUUUAUCAAAUAAAUCUAAUGAUAGAAGUUGGAGGUAAAAAAUUUACUUUAGAAAUGAAAAUAUGAAGAUAGUUGAUUAAUAAGAUGAUAAUAAAGUAUUUAAAUAUUAUAUUUAUAUUUAUAUAUUUAAUAUUUAAAAAAAAAAAUAUUUAAAGGUUGAUUUACAUUUACUCCCUUAAAAUGAAAAUCUUAUUAUUGUUUAGUAAAUUAAAGCACUUCCUUAUACUUUAGAAGGAGGUGAGGGAAUUUGUAUUAUUGAAAAAAUCGGGAAUUAAUAAAAUGUAUAAAAAAAUAGAGAUGAAAAUGAAGAUAUUAAUUUAAAUAAAUGA